GCCACUCUCCACUGUCUUACCCACGUUUUAAAACCUUAUUACCAUGAUUCUUUAUCCACAGCCAACAGGAUGUCACGUGUCACCAUUGGAGCUUCAGUGUCAUUCUUCAGAGGACUUCACGAGCUCCCUAGUCUCAAGUCCUCGUUAUCCAUCUUCUUUCUUCUCAAAAAACAGAUAGAAGGCUAAGCAAACGAUUGAAAUCUUCUCCAGCGUCCAGCUUCUUCUAUCUACCUUCUACGGUUCUACCAACGAUCAACAUAGAAAUCUCAUGAACUCCAGCGAGAAAUCUCGAGAAUAUAAAACGGAAUUUCUUCAAAGCUGAUGCUUCUUCCCAUUGCACCCAAAAUGACCCUCAUGUCCUUUCUCUCCGUAUCUAACCCAGCUUUUUCAUCUUCUAUACUCAGACCCUUCCAUGGCAAACCAAGAAGUUCCAACUUUCUCGGUUGGGGCUCCUUUCCCACCAAAAGAAGCAACUUCUUAUCCGGUGGCCGGAGUUUCUUAUCCGGGUUAACCAGAGCGAAACCCAAAGAAUUGAUACUCGGAAACCCAUCUGUAACAGUAGAGAAAGGCAAGUACAGCUACGAUGUAGAAACCCUAAUUAACAAACUCAGCAGCUUACCCCCUCGAGGCAGCAUAGCUCGGUGCCUCGACGUAUUCAAGAACAAGCUUUCACUUAACGACUUCGCCUUAGUCUUUAAAGAGUUUGCUCAGCGCGGUGAUUGGCAACGUUCGCUUCGCCUCUUCAAAUACAUGCAACGGCAGAUCUGGUGCAAGCCAAAUGAACACAUCUACACAAUUAUGAUUGGUGUGUUGGGCCGAGAGGGAUUACUCGACAAGUGCGCUGAGAUAUUCGACGAAAUGCCCACUCAUGGCGUCGCCCGCAGCGUGUUCUCUUUCACUGCUCUUAUCAACGCUUACGGUCGGAAUGGUCAGUACCAGACUUCGCUCGAGCUACUCGAACGAAUGAAGAGAGAAAGGAUUUCUCCCAGUAUUUUGACUUAUAAUACUGUUAUUAAUUCUUGUGCUAGGGGCGGUUUGGAGUGGGAAGGGCUUUUGGGUUUGUUUGCUGAGAUGCGACAUGAGGGAAUUCAGCCAGAUCUUGUAACUUACAAUACGUUGCUCUGUGCUUGUGGUAGUAGGGGCCUCGGGGAUGAGGCGGAGAUGAUCUUUAGAACCAUGAACGAGGCCGGAAUUGUUCCGGAUAUAAAUACAUACACUUAUCUUGUCGAGACGUUUGGCAAAUUGGAGAAGCUUGAGAAGGUUUCUAAUCUUCUUAAAGAGAUGGAAUCAGAGGGGAAUGUGCCAGAUAUCACUUCGUAUAACGUAUUGUUAGAAGCUUAUGCGCAUUCUGGGUCGAUUAAAGAGGCUAUGGGUGUAUUUAGGCAAAUGCAAUCUGCAGGUUGUAUGCCGAAUGCUGCAACUUAUAGUAUUUUGCUGAAUUUGUAUGGGAGGCAUGGGCGAUAUGACGACGUUCGUGAGUUGUUUCUUGAGAUGAAAGUUAGCAAUACAGAACCUGAUGCUUCUACUUAUAAUAUAUUGAUACAAGUGUUUGGCGAGGGUGGUUAUUUUAGGGAGGUCGUCACAUUGUUUAAUGACAUGGUGGAGGAGAAUGUUGAGCCAAAUAUGGAGACAUACGAGGGUUUGAUAUUUGCUUGUGGAAAGGGUGGACUCCAUGAAGAUGCAAAACGGAUUCUAUUGCACAUGAAUGAGAAAGGAGUGGUACCGAGUUCCAAGGCCUAUACUGGAGUUGUAGAGGCAUAUGGACAGGCUGCAUUGUAUGAGGAAGCUCUUGUUGCAUUUAAUACAAUGCAUGAGGUUGGUAGCAAGCCAACAGUUGAAACCUACAACUCUCUGUUACACACAUUUGCUAGAGGUGGUCUCUACAAGGAGUCAGAGGCAAUAAUGUGGCAAAUGGGCGAGUCUGGUGUUGCACGUAACAGGGAUUCAUUCAAUAGUAUGAUUGAAGCCUUUGGACAGGGGGGACAGUUUGAAGCAGCUAUUAAGUCAUAUGUUGAGAUGGAAAAGGCAAGAUGUGACCCUGAUGAGAGGACUCUUGAGGCUGUUUUAAGAGUUUACUGCUCUGCAGGUCUUGUUGAUGAGAGUAAGGAGCAGUUUCAGGAAAUUAAAUCUUUGGGAAUCAUGCCUAAUGUCAUGUGCUAUUGUAUGCUGCUAUCAGUUCAUGCAAAGAAUGACAGGUGGGAUGACGUCCAUGAGCUGCUAAAUGAGAUGGUCACAAAUAAGGUAUCAAAUGCUCAUCAAGUGAUAGGACGGAUGAUCAAGGGGGAUUAUGAUGAUGACUCUAACUGGCAGAUGGUAGAGUACAUCUUUGACAAGUUUAACUCUGAAGGCUGUGGUUUAGGAUUUAGGUUCUAUAAUGCACUUCUAGAUGCACUGUGGUGGCUGGGACAAAAGGAGCGAGCUGCAAGAGUUCUGAAUGAAGCUACAAAGCAUGGUCUCUUUCCUGAACUGUUCCGCAAAAGCAAGCUCAUGUGGUCUGUGGAUGUGCAUAGGAUGUCAGUAGGUGGUGCCCUUGCUUCUAUAUCAGUUUGGCUCAAUAACAUGUAUGACAUGUUUACCAAUGGAAUGGAUCUUCCUCAGCUGGCAGCUGUGGUAGUAGUACGGGGAGAGAUGGAGAAAAGUUCAAUAACACGGGAACUUCCUGUUGCAAAGGCGGCUUAUUCAUUUUUGAAGGAUAAUGCAUUAUCAUCCUUUUGUUUCCCUGGUUGGAACAAGGGCCGGAUAAUCUGCCAUCGACCUCAGCUGAAACGGACUUUAUCAGAUCCUGAGCCAUCUUCAGAGGGGUCCACAAGGGAUAAAUUGAUUAACACCACUAACUCCAAUUUUCCCCUUCCCGGCAGAAAGACAUCAAGGAGUGGUUCUGAUGGUAACCUACAUGUUAAUGACGAUUCCGAGAUGAGCACAAGAACAAGAACUGAACUUAUGACAACCACUGCCUAAUUGGCUCAUGAAUUUUGCAGAGCUUGCCCACGUAGCUGGGAUAUUAGUCUCCCCCUUACUGAGAUAAACUUAAAAAAGCAGGGACCAGUUACUCAUGAAAGCUGCUGGUGUUGGGAAAUAGCAGCUGAUGCAUCCUCUUGGUGGGGAAAGUGUCCUAUUUAACAAAUACGCAUUUCAGCUGCCAAACAGCUCAAAACAUGGUUAGUGAGAUAAUUGAGAUCCGGCCGGCAUAGGAAAAGCUCAAUUAGAUUGGUUGCUGAUCUGUUCAGAGCCAAUUUAUGAACGGGGUUGGAAGUUUUGUUCUCGCCUGUACAGGGGGUGCUCUCUUUUUAAACGUGUAUGGACGAUAUUUUUCCUUACCAUUACUAAAGAUUCUUUUCUAGUCAGAAGAGUUGGUGCAGUUUCGAGAAUAGAUACGUAUGAUACAAAUAUAAAGAUAA